AUGCAUCCAAUUCUGGAAUUCUUCUCCCUCCAGGUUCUGGAUGACAGACUGCUUCCAGAUUCAAAGAGGAAACAACAAGUCAUUUCCAAAUCUCAUAUCUCAAGAUGGAAUACUUGGGAGUUUAGGAUCUACUUGCUGGUGUUCCUGUUCAUUGUCCCGUUGAUGUACAAAACUUGUAUGGAUGCAAGCAAUGAAACAAACCCAAACUAUAAUCGUUUCCAGCAUUUGCUGAGUCAAGGUUGGAUGUUCGGUAGAAAGGUUGACAAUUCUGAUAGCCAGUACCGGUUCUUCAGAGAUAACUUACCCAUGUUGGUGGGCCUGAUAGUUUUACAUUCAGGACUCAGGAAGUUGGUGGGUUUAGGUUUUACGAUUCAAAGGACAACAUUUGACUUUGUGUUUGGAAUCGUGUUUCUUUUUGGCGCACAUGGUUAUAAUUGUUUGAGAAUUCAUUUUCAUGUGUUCGUCACUUAUUUAUUGGCAAGACUUAUCCCCAAUCCCAAGUAUGCUACUUUGGCCUGUUGGAUAUGGGCAGUAUCUACUUUAUUUAUCAAUGACAAUUAUAGGACAGUGCAAUUUGGCUCUUUGUUGCCCAGCUUAUCAUUCAUGGAUCAAUUUCAUGGAAUUAUUGCUCGUUGGGAUGUUUUCUAUAACUUCACCUUGUUAAGAAUGUUAAGUUUUAACUUGGAUUAUCUCAAUGCCAAGGCCGAGGCAGCUGCUUUCAAGCCGAAGAAAGAUGAUAAUGAUAGCGGAACAGAAACUCACAACAUUUUGGAGAAACAGAACCCCUCCACUACUCCUAUAUUAUCAGAUAAGGAAAGAAUGAACAAUUCCUUGCCAUUGAACGAGUACAACGUGUUCAACUACAUCUCAUACAUAACCUACACUCCUUUGUACAUUGCAGGGCCUGUUAUCACAUUCAAUGAUUAUUUUUAUCAGUCUUUCAACCCGUUACCCACUAUAAACUUUAAGAAGACUGCAAUUUAUGGAUUGCGACUACUAUUUUGCAUUUUGGUGAUGGAAUUUUUACUGCAUUUUAUGUACGUUGUGGCUGUUUCUAAAACGAAGGCAUGGCAAGGAAACACGCCAUUUCAAAUUUCAAUGAUCGGACUUUUCAAUUUGAACAUAGUAUGGCUGAAACUUUUGAUUCCUUGGAGGAUGUUCCGAUUUUGGUCACUUGUCGAUGGAAUCGACCCACCGGAAAACAUGAUCAGGUGUAUGGACAAUAAUUACUCCGCUAUGGCCUUUUGGAGAGCUUGGCAUAGAUCCUUCAAUAGAUGGACCAUCAAGUACAUCUAUGUUCCUUUAGGGGGGUCUCGUUACAGGAUAUUGACAUCGUUGGCAGUUUUCAGUUUUGUUGCAAUCUGGCAUGAUAUUGAACUGAAAUUGCUCAUGUGGGGAUGGAUAAUUGUAUUGUUUUUAUUACCAGAAAUUACGUUGACAAAUAUGUUUAAACCUUACAGUGAAUGUUGGUGGUUCCGUCAUGUCUGUGCGGUGGGAGCUAUUAUCAACAUUUGGAUGAUGAUGUUUGCCAAUUUAUACGGAUUUGUCUUGGGGGGUGAUGGAAUGAAACUAUUGAUCACUGAGAUCUUCACUUCUUCGGAUGGCCUUAAAUUCCUAGUUUCUAGCUGUGUCUGCCUGUUCGUGGCAGCUCAAGUGAUGUUUGAAUUGAGAGAAGCCGAAAAAAGAAGAGGAAUUGAUGUCAGAUGCUAG